UCGAUAAGGCCUAUCAUGUGAAAUGAAAACAAUUCAGUUUGAUAACUUUUUCUUGUGAAAAUAUCCAAUUUUAGGCUUGAAAAUGCAUGACGCUUAUGAAGCAGGCACGAUUUUAGAGAGGCUCCCUUUGAAGAUCGAGUCAAUUGCCUGUUAUGAUGAAGUUCUCCUUGUUGGGACAAAAGAUGGGCCUCUUCUAAAAUACACAGUGAAGAAAAUUAGAAUAGGAGCUGAUGUCAAAUAUGAAGUAGCUCUGGAAAAAUCGUACAAAUCUUUUUCAAAGAAGCCAAUUCAACAGUUGUGUGCAGUUCCAGAGUUGUUUUUGCUAAUCAGUCUGUCAGACAGUGUCGUGAGUGUGCAUGAUCUGACGUCCUUUACCCCGAUCACAACACUUGCAAAGACUCGCGGAGCCUCCCUGUUUGCUACUCAUGUACAGAACCAUAUAUCUAUGAGUGGGGACAAGCAGACGACACUUAAGAUGUGUGUGGCCAACAGACGGAAAAUCCACCUUAUGUACUGGAAAAACAGAGAUUUCACUGAUAUGGAUGCAGAUCUGAGUGUAUAUGAUAUUCCAAGAUCGAUUGUCUGGUGUAAGGAAAAGCUGUGUGUCGGCUUCAAACGCGACUAUUAUAUACUGAAGGUUGGAACAGGAGAUCCGAAGGAGUUAUUUCCCUUAGGGAGCAAACAGCCCGAGCCUGUGAUAUCACCAUUCAAAGAUGAUGGUUUUAUUUUGGGUCGAGAUGACCAGUCUAUUUUUGUUGACAAUGAUGGUACUCCAACCAAAAAGCAUCCUGUGAAGUGGACAGACAUUCCUGUUUCCAUAGUCCAUGAAACGCCAUAUCUUAUAGCCUUGCUUUCAAAAGUGAUAGAAGUACGGACAAUAGAACCCCAUCUGAUGAUACAAAGCAUAAACCUUCAGAAUGCUCGCUGCAUUUGUCAGGGAAACGGACAGUUGUAUGUUGCAUCCAGCAAUCAUGUUUGGAGAUUAAGUGCCGUCCCAAUUUCAACCCAAAUACGUCAACUACUAGGCAAUAAGGAGUUUGAAUUGGCGCUGCAACUAGCAAACAUGACGGAUGAACCCGAGAGGGACAAGAAGGUUCGCAUUGACCACAUCCAGCAGUUGUAUGCUGUUAACCUGUUCUGUAAGAAGGAGUUUGAGAAAUCUAUGAACAUAUUCGUCAAACUUGAUACUGAUCCAUCCCAUGUGAUAGGGUUGUUUCCAAACUUGUUGCCGCCAGACUUCCGCAAAAGCCUGGAUUACCCAGAAAAACUGCCGGACCUGCAGGGAGGGGACCUAGAGAAGGGCCUUCUUGCACUCACUGACUACCUCAAUGAUAAAAAGCGUAUGUUGAACAAGGAGAAGGUAAUAUCUACAACGGCCAUCAAGGAGGGCAACAAGCUGGUCGUCUCCAAGGAGCAGCUCUCACAGAUUAUAGACACAACACUCAUGAAGUGUUACCUGCAGACAAACGAUGCACUGGUGGCAUCUCUGUUACGCUUGAAGGACAACAAGGUUCAUGUGGAGGAGGCCGAGAGGUCGCUGAAGAAAAAGGAAAAAUACAGCGAACUGAUCAUCCUCUAUGAAAAGAAAGGUCUCCAUGAGAAAGCAUUAAACACAUUGAUGAAGCAAGCAACCAGACCCAACUCCUUGUUACAUGGCUGUGAUAGAACUGUGCAAUAUUUACAACACCUAGGUCCUGAUCAUUUGAAGUUGAUAUUUGAAUAUGCUGAGUGGGUGAUCAGAGAAAAUCCAGAGGAAGGAAUAAAGAUUUUCACAGAAGAUCUUCCGGAGGUGGAGAAUCUUCCUAGGCAGCUGGUGCUUGAGUACCUAGAAAACAUUGACCGCAAUAACAAGGACCUGGCCAUCAAGUAUUUGGAACACGUGAUCUAUAUGUGGAAUGAUAAUAGUGAAGGGAUGCACAGUCGGUUUGCCCAUCUGCUGCGGGAGAAGGUCCAGAGAUAUAUGCCCGAGUACCUUGCCCAACUUCCAGAAGGCCACAUGCCGUGCAAGGCUGGGAAGGAGGUAGGAGAGCUUGGGGAAUAUCGCACCAAAUUAAUCAACUUCCUGCAGACGUCCACAUUCUACAGACCAGAGGAACUGCUUCCAAGAUUCAAAAUGACUGAAUAUUUUGAGGAACGGGCCAUCCUCCUCGGCAGACUUGGGAGACACGAGGUGGCUCUCGGCUUAUAUGUCAUUGUGUUAAAAGAUCCAAUUCUUGCUGAAGAGUACUGUAGAACAUAUUACAAAAAGGGAAAACCAGGAGAUAAAGAUGUAUACUACUACCUGUUGAAGGUGUACCUCGAACCCCCAGACCACUCGGUGCUGGGCCUGCCCGCCUUCAAGGAUGGGCAGAAACCAAAACCUAACAUAGAGGAGGCUUUACGAAUAAUGGAGGAACAUGCUGGAUGUAUUGAUACCACAAGGGCCCUUGAGUUGCUGCCGGCAGACACAAGGAUUGUGGACAUUCUUACAUUCCUGGAGAACGUACUCGAGCUAAAGGCCGCCACCAAAAACAAAAACAGGGUGCUUCGGAACAUGCUCUUCUCUGAGAGUUUACAUGUUCACGAGCAGCGGAUGUUUUAUGAGAAAGAGAAGGUUGUUAUAACAGAUCUCAAAAGCUGUAUGGUGUGCAAGAAACGCAUUGGAAACAGUUUCUUUGCACGCUACCCCAAUGGUGUGAUAGUCCAUUAUGGGUGCUGUAAGGACCCAAAAGUUCCUCCUGGAGAAGCUGUUUUAGACAUUCCAACUUCCAUGAAAUGAGCUACUCUCCAUUUUUUUUAUGUGCAAUGGAAUAUAACUUUAAUGUUUUAUAUUGUGUUCAGAAUUGAUCAGAGUGAAGAGAAUAGAAUUCGAAUGAGACAUGGCCGGCUUUAUUAUUCAUUUAAGAGAAGUUUUUAAAUAAACCAGGAGAGCAAUAUUCUUCUUGGAUGAUAGUUAAAGUGCUAAUUACAUAAAGACGCUGCUUUGUAAAAGGAAUAUUUUUCCAAGCUUUUCAUGUAUGACCUCAUGUCAAAAGUAAUUACGUGUCUACUAUAUCAAAAUAUUUAAUGAUGUUAUUUGAUGAUGGCGAGGUCUUUUCUGAUGUUCAUGGCGCACAAUAAAGGUUGAUGCCAAAAAUUGACUUUUAUAUAUUAAUGUAUAAUCAUGUUUCACUCAUUUGACUUAAAUGAAAAAAUAAACCUGAUUUAUGUACAGAUGAAAGAUAUUAGCCUUUAUCAAUGUUUUUUUUUUUUAAUUAAAGCUGCACUCUCACAUUUCAACCGUUUCGACAGCUUUUUUUAAAUUUUUUGUCACGGACUGAGCCCAUUUUUGCGUGAAUGUCUAGAUACCAGUCAUAUAAGACUGAUGACAAAAGAUCAGAUCACAGUUUUCAUAUUUACAUUCAAAAAAUGAUGUUGUAUGCCAACAUCUAAUUUUUCUUAGAGCAUGAGUAGGUAUCGCUAUUGGCCAUAAAAAAAAACAGAUUUUCGAAUGUAAAUAUGAAAAGUGUGAUCUGAUCUUUUGCCGGCCCUCUUAUAUCACUGUUUAUAUACAUUUACGCGAGAAUUGGCUUAUUCUAAAUGGUCAAUCUGUGAGAGGUGCAGCUUUAAUAGCGAUAUGGUCAGAAAUUCCUCAGUUAAAAAAGAGCCAAAUUUUCGUUUAUAUUUUUUUACUAUACCUAAAUCAUAUGCAUUUUAUGUAUUGAUUAGUUUAAUUGUGUGUCUUUAAUAGUGCUUUUAACAUAUCAGCAUUAAUAAAAAUACUUGUGUUUUCAGUAUAUAAAUACUGUAAGGAUUUCAUGUAAGCCCACAAGUGCACUUUGUGCUCUGGUUAAAUGAUUUAUUAAAAUCAUUAUUACGUCUGUUGUCUGUUUUGCAUCUUGUGCUAGGAAUGUAUUUUCUUACACCCUUGAGCUUUCAGUUUGGUCCGAAUUAAACUUAGUGUAAGAAAAAAAUGGAUAGUAGAUCAAACGAAAGGAAAAUGACAUCACACUUAAGUAAAUAUGUUUUUCUGUAAUAUACAUUUGAAAUAAAACAAGGACUGAAACAAUUGUCUUUAAAGCAAGUUUAAAUUCAAUUUCGAGCAGAUGCCAUGUAUAGUAAAAAUAAGAUCAAAUGUUUAAAAACAACAACACUGAAACAUAAAUGGAAUGAUAAGAAAGGAAAAUCUUGUCAGUCUAUUUGACUGUUGACUUAUUAUAUGUAAUCAGGUGUUAUUAAAGUCGCGUGAGCAAAAAAAGUUUAUCAUGGCCCUCUUGUUCCUUAUGCCAUUGUCAGCGCUUACAUUGUCACUUUUUUCGUUUUCAGGAAUAAUAUUUUGAUAUUAGACAUGUUUUGUUAGUUCAAUAUAAAACAUAAGAACUUUUUUAAUAUAGAAGUUUGUACUUUAUUGUUAAAUCAAUUCAAAUGUUGAAUGAUUUUUUCUUUUUUAAACUUUCUUUCAUCAUUCUUUUCAAACUUUUGUUGUAUAGAUGCUUAAUUCAGAUUUGUUUAAGAAUAUCUUAUAGCGUAUUUAUAGUGAUGUGUUUUGAAAUGAUCAAAAUACAAUUUAUGUAUGAUAUUGUGAUAUUGUGUUUGACAUAUGAAGCAUUCUUUGUGCCAAAGCAUUUAGCCUCAAAAGUUCAGGAAAAUAGUUAUUUAUUCAUGGUCCGGCAAACAAACAAAAGGGUAGUGCAGAAGCACACUUGAUUAAAUCCGUUAUAAAUGGUCUAGUGUUUGGUAGACUCUGGCUAUAGAUAAAUGCACAUUAUAUUGGGUGAUAGUCUUGGAGAUGUCGCAACAUAAAUUUAAAAAAAAAUCUCAAACUAUUUUAAUGAAACUUGAUACACUGGUUUCCAGUCACACUACAAAAUUGUGCAGCAAGGCCAUUAAAUCUGGCUGUAAUAGUUUUAUAACCCUGUUUGACUGGGGGUGUCGUUGUUUGUUCCACAGUGUUCUUGUUACAAAUUAUAACAGAUCAAAUUUAAAGCUAAAUCCUGCUAUGCUUCUUUUUGUAAAUUUUAACCAACAAGAAAACUUUAGGAUUUCUUUUCAUAAAUGUCCACUUUUAUUAUUUUUACCUUUUCGGUGUAUAUGCUUUUCUGUUCAAAGUAUAUUUUUUAAUCUUUAGUGAAUACAAUGAUCUUUUUGGUCACAAAAUGUGUAGAUAAGUUCAGGUGUAAUAUUAAUAAUCUAGGUAUCUAAUUAAUUUUGAGGUAAACUUAAAUGGUCUCAAUAGAUUUACUGAUGGCAUACAUGCAUUUCACCAUAAGUUGAAUGGGUGUAUUAAUAUUGGGUUUCGUGUACAAAAUAAAGAAUAAUUUCUGGGAUUAUUUAAAUUAUGUGUUACCUCGGUGUUAUGCCUUCUUCAACAAGCAGUGAGGGGAGUUUAGGCUGUAGAGAAAAGAACACAUUUAAUGUGCCAUUACCCACAACCUCGAACACUAGAAUAAGUAUGAACGUAUGUAAUUCAUUCAUUUGAUUUCCAUUUGGUGUAGUAUGCUUAUUCUAAUGUCCUUGUUGUUAUUGGUGCUGUUUUGUGUAUGGAAUGACUUGCAUUAUUUGUCAGUAUUGUUGCACAGGUAUACGAUGUACAAACAUGCCUUAUUGUACACACAUAAUUAAGAUGUGUAUUUUAAGUUGGUGCAUACACUUUCCAACGCCUUAUUUUGCCUUUUUUAUUUAUAUUUAAGCAACCUUUAAUUGUAUCAUUACAAUUGUUUUAUCUGUAUCUAUUGUAGUUUAUAAACAUGUAUAAUUAGUGUGUAUGUUUAUAAACAGUUGAAUUUGAUAAACAACAGAUAAUUAAUAAAAAUAAAAUCUG